AUGAAUGACGACACUGGCAGAGAAGAUGAAUCGUUGGCGGGCAUGACGGAAGAUGAGAUCGAAGCAAAGUACCCCAACCGUCCUCGGAAUCACUCCAGGACGUUGCGCUUUGCCGACCUGCACCGGGAGCUCUUCAAACCUCUGAACGAGAACAAGAAGCAGCCCGGCAGCGGCGCGGCGCGCAGCAAGGGACCCCAUAGAGGCUCAACACCAUCUCCGCACGAGCAGCGCCGACGUAUAAUCGAGCGCUUCAUCGAUCGAUGGCGCAAAGAGGUCGGCGACGACUUCUUCCCCGCCCUGCGCCUGAUCUUGCCGGACAAGGAUCGCGAGCGCGGCGUCUACGGCCUCAAGGAGAAUGCCAUCGGCAAGCUUCUCGUCAAGCUGAUGAAGAUCGCCAGGAACUCCGAGGAUGGCUACAACCUGCUACACUGGAAGCUUCCUGGGCAGACGGCCGAGUCGCGCCUGGCGGGAGACUUUGCCGGCCGGUGCUUCGAGGCCAUCUCCAAGAGACCCAUGCGCAUGGAGCCCGGUGAUAUGACUAUCGCCGAGGUCAAUGAGCAAUUGGACAGACUGUCGGCGUCAUCGGGGGAGGCUGAGAACCUGAGUGUCUUCGAGGUUUUCUACAACCGCAUGAAUGCCGAGGAGAUGAUGUGGCUGAUCCGCAUCGUGCUGCGGCAGCUGAAGGUCGGUGCCACGGAGCGCACCAUCCUCGACCUCUGGCACCCCGAUGCCACAGCCCUCUUCAACGUCUCAUCUAGUCUUCUCAGGGUGUGCUGGGAGCUGCCCAACCCCGCCGUCCGGCUGGAGCAGGAAGAGACGGGCAUCGCCCCGAUGCAGUGCUUCCAGCCCCAGCUCGCACAGUUCCAGCUGUCGGCCUCCUUUCAGCGCAUGACGGAGCUGCUGCGCCCUACCGAUGACGACCCGGAGUUCUGGAUCGAGGAGAAACUUGAUGGCGAGCGCAUGCAGAUGCACAUGGUCCAAGAUCCGUCGCAGCCGGGUGGCCGGCGGUUCGGUUUCUGGUCCAGAAAGGCGAAAGACUACACGUACCUCUACGGACACGGGCUUCAAGAUGCCAACUCUAGCCUGACGCGCCACCUCGAGAGCGCAUUCGCACCUGGUGUGCGCAACAUCAUCCUGGACGGCGAGAUGAUUGAGUGGGACAUGGGCGUAGACAAGAUUGUGCCGUUUGGCACGCUCAAGACGGCCGCCAUCUCUGAGCAGCAGAUGCGCUCCACGUCGGACGCCACGGGCCGCCGUCCGCUCCUCCGCGUCUUCGACAUCCUCUACCUCAACGACAAGCAGCUGACGCAAUACACGCUGCGGGACCGGCAUCGCGCACUGGACAAGGCCGUCAAGCCGGUGCACAGGCGUCUCGAGAUCCACAGACACUCCAUCGCCACGUCUCCGGAUGCCAUAGAGCCGCAGCUGCGCGACGUCGUGGCCAACGCCUCGGAGGGCCUGGUGCUCAAGAACCCGCGGUCUAUGUACCGCCUCAACAGCCGCAACGAUGACUGGUUAAAGGUGAAGCCAGAGUACAUGGACGAGUUUGGCGAGUCUCUCGACUGCGUCAUCAUAGGCGGUUACUACGGCUCCGGAAAGCGGGGCGGCACGCUCUCGAGCUUCCUGUGCGGUCUGCGUGCGUCGCAGAACCACAUCCAGGCAGGUGCCGACCCGGAGAAGUGCUUCAGCUUCUUCAAAGUCGGCGGCGGCUUUCGCGCGGAGGACUACGCGGAGAUUAGACACCGCACCGAGGGUAAAUGGGUAGACUGGGAUGCCAAGAACCCGCCCUCGCAGUACAUCGAGCUGGGCGGUGGCGAGGCAAAGCAAUACGAACGACCAGAUGUGUGGAUUCGGCCGCGGGACUCGCUGGUCUUGUCGGUCAAGGCCGCCAGCGUCGGGAUAAGCGACCAGUUUGCGCGGGGCUUCACGCUGCGGUUCCCGCGCUUCAGACGCCUCCGGACCGACCGCUCCUGGGACACGGCCCUGUCAUUAGAGGAGUUCCACGACCUUCAGAAGCGGAUGGAAGAGGAAUCCAAGGAAAAGGCCAUGACUGUCGAGGACAGGAAGUGGCGGCGGAGCACAAAGCGUGCCAAGAGGGAGCUCGUGAUUGCCGGGGAGGACACCACUGCAGAGGCACUCGUCAAGUUUGCCGGCGAUGACAAGACCAAGAUCUUUGCCGGCCUCGAAUUCUGCGUCUUAUCCGAGUCAACUCAGAAGCCAUUCAAAAAGACCAAAGCACAGCUCGAGUCCCUCAUCAAGGAGCACGGCGGAAGCAUAUCGCAACGCGCCGCACCAGACACACGCAUGGUCAUCAUCGCCGAGAAAAAGGUUGUCAGGGUGGCCAGUCUGAUCAAGAGCGGACCGGUGGACAUAAUCCUCCCCCGCUGGAUCCAAGACUGCCUCGAGGACGGUAGCACGUACACGGCCCCCCUACCAUUCGAGCCCCGGCAUCUGCUUCACGCCACAGAUACCCUGCGAGCUCUGUCGGAGGAAAACACGGACCGGUUUGGCGACAGCUACGCGCGCAACGUGACCCUCGACGAACUAAGGGCUAUAGUCGACGAGAUGCCCAAGUUCGAGGACCCCGAGACCUUCAGCAAGGACCAGUUCCUGGAGGAGUUGGAGGAGCGGGGUCGCGGGCUGCGCAAUGACGGUUCUCGGCUGAGGGGAUUCCUGUUCCAGAAAUGUGCCGUGCACAUGCGCGUCGGAACGGGGGACAUGGACAAGAUGAGGGCUCGGGAGCUACGGUACCGCAUCCGGUUCGGCGGAGGGGUGUGUGCUGAGAGCGUCGAGGAUGAGGGAGUGACGCAUGUUGUCAUCGUGGCGGGUGGUGGUGCCGGGGCUCUGGCCGAAGAUGUGCGCGGUCAAGUAGCCAUGCGGCAGAGGGUGCCGAGAGUGGUGGACGGGAAGUGGAUAGAUGAGUGUUGGAGGGAGAAGACGCUGGUGGACGAAGAGCAGUAUGCUGUCCUGUAG